AUGUUCGGUGUGUCCAACACGCUCAUCGCCUUCGCCCUUGGGGCGUCGCUGGGGUACUUCGUCAUACGCCUCAUCCAAGUGAGGAACUUCUACAAGGACAAGCCAUGCCCGCCAGGCCACUCCUUCCUCUGGGGCCACCUCAAGCUCCUGGGCGAGGUCGCCGCGACGAUGCCGCCGAACUGCCACCCGCAGUACUACUUCACCACGCUGUCGCAGAAGUACAACCUGCCCGGCGCGUGGUACCUCGACCUCUGGCCGCUGGCGGAUCCGCAGCUCGUCGUGACGGACCCGGACGCGGCGAUGCAGCUCCUCACAGUGAACCCGACGCUCAAGCACGAGACGGUCGGCAAGUACCUGGGGCCCGUCCUGGGCCGCGAGAACAUCGUCUCCGUGAACGGCGAGGCCUGGAAGGAGGCGCACAGGAUGCUCGGGUCCGGGUUCUCGCCGAGUUACGUGAAGCCGAUGCUCGGCAUGUUCUCGGAGCACGUUCUGGUCUUCCACGAGAGGUUGCGCGAGCUUGCGAAGGAGGGCGAGGCGUUUUCUCUCGAGAACGAGACCGCCAAGGCGGUUUUUGACGUGAUUGGGACCAUUGUGUUUGGGUGGUCGCUGGAUGCGCAGGGCAAGGGCUCCGGUUUGCUCGAGGACCUGCGCGCGCUGAUUGAGUAUUUCAAUUUCCUGAUCAGCACGUGGAACCCGAUAGCGAGAGUGACGGAGCACUUUAGAAUCGGUGUCGUCAAGAAGAGGAGCUCUGCGACCAUCGAAAAGGCCCUGAACGAGAGGUACAAUGUGAUGAAGAACGAGAAGGAGUUGCCGACGAGACGGCAGGCGAAGAGCAUCAUGGAUCGGAUUAUCGCGGACUACAUUCAGAGCGGACAGCCCGGACCACCAAAAGGCAAGUUCCUGGAGCUCGUCGUGAUCAACCUCAAGGCCCUGCUUCUUGGCGGCCACGGGACGACAACGGACGCGUAUACCUUCAUGAUGAUGCUCCUCAGCCUCAACCCGGACGCGAUGCGCCGUCUCCGCGAAGAGCACGACGCGGUAUUCCCAGCCGGACUCAAUGAGAGCGCAGACCUAUUGCGGACGGAACCCUCCAAGACGAACGAGCUCGAGUACACGACGGCGGUCAUCAAAGAAACCCUCCGCAUGUUCCCCGUGGGAUUCACGACCAGGGCGGCCCCGCCCGGCCUCAAGUUCCUCGACUGCGACGGGAGGCAGCUGCCUCUCGCGGGCCACAUGUUGUCGCUCUGCGGAUUCACGUCGCACUACGACCCGGCCGUCUUCAAGGACCCCAAGGCGUUCCGGCCGGAGAGGUUCCUGGGCGAGGAGGGCGCGGCGCUCCACCGGUACGCGUGGAGGCCGUUCGAGAGGGGACCGAGGGCGUGCAUGGGGCAGGAUCUCGCGAUGGACGAGCUGCGGGUUCUGCUGUUGUUGACGGCGCGGUGGUUCGAAUUUGAGACGGUGGUUAUGGGGGAGAAGAGCAAGGAGCCGAAGACGAUCUUCUUCGAUUUGGAUUUGUAUGUGGGUGAUGCGGCGUUUCAAGAGAUGAAGCUGGGGGCGUCGCCCAGGUCCGGAAUGCAGAUGAAGGUGAAGCUGAGUGGGAGGGAAUGA